GUGAUAAACUUAUUAAAUAGAUUGAUUGAUUGAUUCUGCUGAAUUGAGCCCUGCUUUAAUGGCUGUCGCUGCCACAUUUCUAGAGCUCAGCAGUGAGUCUAUCAAUCCUGAUGAUGAGCCGCAAAGUGAUGGGAACAAUAAGAAAAAAGGUGAAACGGUAUACGCCGACAGUACAGAUAGCAAUAGCAGCACUACAGAUACUGCUGCCGUCGCUACACAUGAAACAACGACAGUAGCGACGGCUGGCAAGGAAAAUUCUAUAGAACCAUCACCGCAACCACCCAGACUGCUCACUCAGAAAGAGUCGGAUCUCUACUUUGCCAACAAGGCAAUGAGACUGGAAAUAGCAGAGGAAAAAUUAAAGCGGGAAUGUCUACUCCCAGAUUUGGAUGGAGAAUUCGUGGCCAUGUUUGUGCUGACAGAAAUUGACCACUGGAACCACGACAGAGAACGAGUAGUGUUGCAAUGUGAGUGUAGUGUGUUGGUGGUGAAUUACAGCUUCAUCACUGAGAAGUGGACCGAGCUCACCAGGAUCAAUCUCAAAUGCAUAUCCCGCAUACACUUCGCCAAGCAACUCACCUUCAAAAAGAUGUCUCUUCAGUGGCCCAGAGACGAUCCAUGUAUCAAGAUAACAUACCAGCGACUGACUGGACCAGUGACAGUGUCUGAGAACUGGAACCCAUUGGCCAAGCACCUCCCAUGGUGCAUCCUCACUUCACACCCCCUCAAGCGCAGACCAGAGGGCAACACAGACAAAUACGAUGUUGAGAAGUUCAAGUGUGCUCUGGUUGAGAUGGCGGACAAGUACCGAUUGCAGCAUCCCGAUGCGCCCCACAGUCCAGAAGUGAUACCAGAGGGCACCGCUCCAAUCGAGAUGGAUGUGCGACUAGGACUGUCCUCGUUCAUUGUGAACCAGAGCCAUCUGGCAUAUGCCAAAGACAGAGGUGGAAUACACUUUUGAUUGUCCGCCCGCCCGCCCGGCCCCCAUUGUACAAUGAGUUGCUGCCAAUGAGUGAGGCGACAAAUGGUCGAGUCGAAAGCGACAAUUCGCACUUUUUCAACAAAAAAAAGCAACAAGCGCCCCCCCCCUCCGCACCAACGACAAUUAGUAAGAUUUAAAUGGUAUGCGUGCUUUAAAAUGUUGCAAGCUUGUCAGAAACGAGACAAGAACUGUUGGAGAAAACGCCUGGAGGUUACUUAUUGGCGCGACUGGGAGAGAGUGUACACUAUUUGUGGCUCGGUGCAAAUGUCGCUUUUCCUUUUCUCACUUUUACCACUUGUCGCCAUCGACCAGUUGUCGCCUCGCCAGUUGCUGCUGUAUCUAAUAUAUGGAUGCUACUACUAUUUGCUCCAGUAUAAUUGUGGCGUGCCCUGUAAUGUAGCUGGGUCUGAACCCAUAAACAUGUAUACACAAGCUCAUCUGUUCAAUGUUUAAUACAGUUCAUGGCUUAGUUCGAAACUGGUGAUACACUGUCCCCUUUUUUGAGGACCCAGCUAUCAUAUAGGUGGCUAUCUUUUAAUGUAAUUGAAUUGAUGACGCUACCAAUCGCCAUAAAAAUGCGAAAAAAAUCAUGCUAACUAAUUUCUCUUAGUAAACGUUUCCAGACCCAACCUUUGCAAUGAAAAUGACAUUUGGCUUUGCAAACUUCUGCGCCUUCUUACCUUAUAGUUUCAUUUUUGCGUUUCAGUGAGUUUGGAUAAUUUUGUAUCUAUCGCUAAGUGUAUCGUUGAAUUUCAUGUUUGAUUUAUUUUGGACUGUCAGUAUUUGCUCCUUGAAAUGUAUAUUCCCCGAUAUAAAAACCAUAUCAAAAUAAUAAAUAAUUUCUAUUUCGUUCAGACAAAAAUUUAAUCAUUCUAAUGAAUGCAUUGUCCAUAUUUACACUUGUAUCGAAAAGUUAAACUUGAUAUGUGAUGAAACUAUCCCUUUCUUUAGGAUAGUUCUUUAAUAUUUAUCAAAUUAACAUAUUAAAAGAUGUCUGUUUUAAAUUUCCAAUUCGAUUGUUGGUCCGACCACUCAUUGGGAACAAACAUUGUAGACUCAUAAUUGGCGUGCAUCACAUAGAAAUUUAUGUAGACUCAAAGUUUUACUCA